AUAGUAAACCUUGCCCUCGCUGACCUUCUUUACUGCACGAUCCUCCAACCGGUCAGUGUUGAUUCAUACCUGCACCUGCACUGGAGAGGUGGAGCCACGUGGUGCUGUAUGUUUGGAUUCCUCCUGUUCCUGUCCAACAGCGUGUCCAUUAUUACAUUAUGCCUCAUCGCUUUGAGCCGUUAUUUGGUUGUUGCGCAUCGCACUUCUCACUGUGCCAGUCUGCUCCUGUCCCACCGUGGAGUGGCGGUGCUCCUCAUCUCAUCCUGGCUACUGGGUGUAGCCAGUUUCGCCCCACUUUGGCCCGUCUACGUGUUUGCCCCACAAGUGUGCACCUGCAGUUUUCACCGGACUAAAGGGCGGCCUUACACCACCGUGCUGCUCUUCCUGUACUUCUUCUUGGGCCUGGGUUGUGUGGGCCUUUUCUACUUUCUGAUCUACCGUAAGGUGCGUGUAGCCUCUAAGGCUUUUCUGAAGUACAGGCCCAGUCGUCGCUCAUCAGAACGCAAGAGGGCUAAAGCCGAAACAACGACGGAUGACAGCGGGAUCAGUGCUGGAGCUUCAACAACUCAAAGCUGUGAGAUCAGUCAUGAUGAGACAGGAGCGGAGCAGAAUAAGAACAAAGCACUGGAGAAAUCUGAGGGCCACACAAGCACAAAAGAACCAAAAAACUCAAUUCAAGAUGCCUCAAAAGACACAGAAACAUCUUCUAAACCAACUCCGGUAACAAUCCAGACCACUCCAGCUGCCAACUCAGGAGAGGACAGUGAAUUUAAGCGUGUAACUCGAAUGUGCUUUACAGUUUUCUUGUGUUUUGUUGGCUGUUUUGCGCCAUUUCUGCUGCUGAAUGUCGCUGAUAAGGCGAACCGUGCGCCACAGGUCAUUCAUAUGUUUUGUGCAAACCUCACUUGGUUAAAUAGUUGCAUUAACCCUUUGUUGUACGCAGCCAUGAACCGGCAGUUUAACCAGGCCUACAAAGACCUACUAGGCAAAGCUGUACGUCCAUUAACCUGGAUAUGGAGAACCCGUCGGUUCACAAUAAGAUAAGUGAUAAUGAAGAAUGUUAUCCGACUCAUUUCAAUCUGAAAGUGAUUUUGUGCUGUAGAUGUUCAGUGACUUCACAUAUUAUGCAUAAUUAAACAUGGAGCUGCACUCCAUUAAUUCAGUGGAGAACAUCACAGCAGGCACGUGCAGAGGGGGGUGCGAUGGGUGCUUG